GCCAUCCUGGUCUACAUAGCAAGUUCCAGACCUAACCAUUCUACCCCAUUUCUCAGCAGUCUUUGUAGGUGACACGAUUCAGCAUUUUCUUAUGCUCCUUUCUGAGCUUCUGUAGUAACAAACCUUUCCCUCCUCUGCCCGGCAGAAAGGGUGGUUAACACCAUACACACCUUUUCACAGCCGGCUUUAAAGCUCACACCAUCACUUAAAAAAAAUCAGUAUCUUGUCUAUCAGCGCACACAGUUUUUCUUCCUGGCUUCUGUGCCCAGGGUGUAUGUGGACCACUGCUUAUUCUGCAAGUGUCUCGGAUCUGCUGUCUCACUGCUCAGGGCCGGGUAGCUGGCAUCAGGAUCAUUGAAUAGCCGUCCUUUCUCUUUGAGGCUAGUCUGGGUGGUUUCUGACCAUUUGUGACCAGGCACCGAUUUCCAGUCGCUCCUCACGUUCUGUAAGAGACUCUGGAGGAAGAGCUUUGUAUUCCUCAGCUGCACUUCCUCUCCUUUCCUAGUUUCUGCCAGCGAGGGCCAGUGGUCAUAAGGGAGCCGUCAUGCACAGAAUCCACUAGGCUUCCCAAACUAGUUAAUGCUACUCUAAAUUGUUCUAGCCUUUAGACAGAUUUUUUUUUGGUGGUGGUGGGGGGAAACUUUGAAAUAUAUAAAACAUAGCCAGAAUGUCAGUGAACCAGCUAUGUCCAGUCGCUAAGCUGACCCCGGGUGUUAGAUGGUGGUUUGCGGAACUGUUUCAGAGUAAGUUCUGUCGUGACCUUUUGUUCUGAUGAUUGUGCGUCUCCUAAAAAUAUGACCCCUUUUUUGCCUACUUAGGAUAAAACAUUGAAACUCAGAAUACAGUGUUUGGCAGUUGCCGUCUUUGUAAUGAGACCUGACGUUGAAUAUGGUUUAAAUGUGGGACUGACGUAAGCUGUGUUGUGAGACCUUCGUCUCUGUUCCUUCUUCGAGUAGCCCAUUCGGUUAUCACGGGCGUCGGUAUUCUGUCCUUUGGCGCAAGGUUUGUUUGUUUAAUCUUAAAAGUUUUAAGUAGUACUUGGAAUUGAACCUAGAAUCUUGUGAACUAGGCAUAUACUCUGCCGUGGCGUUCCAUGCCCAAAUCUCUUGAUGUUUUUAGCCACGAAUUUAUUGUAGUUACUUAUUAUGUGCAUGCGUGUGUGAGAGACAGAGGUAGUGUGCACAUGUUCACGUGCUUGUGCGCGAGGCACGCUCAGGCCGAGGUUUCUACUGUACCUUUGUCCAUAUCGCAUGCAUUCAUCUAGUUUCCUCCCCUAUGGGAAUAGGUAGAGUUAUUUAAAGGGCGCGUUGGAGGGCGCAUCGUGCCUAUUUAGCAAAGCAGCCUCCUCAGUCUGAGCUAACAGCGCCAGAAGUUGAAUCCCUUGUAGGAGAGGGCCUUCAAUCCACUAAGAAAGUGGUCGGUUAUCCCAGUCUUGGCACAUCUUGCCUGCCCAGUCAGUGUCAUCCAUGUGGAGCCCACGGCUGAGUUAGAGUGCUGGAGACAAUUCUCCUCGGCAGCCUGCACACAGCCUUCUGCACCAUUGAGGGCUGGCCAGCAGAGAGGAUGUUUCUAACCCUUUUCUACCUUGAUUUCUGUUUUCUUCAGCCACAAGAUCUUACAGCCGAGUUCUCUCCACCUUAUUUUGGAGGCCAGGUCUCUCACUGAGCAAGGAACAAGGUCUCUAGACUAGUUCACGGGCAAACACUAAGGAUCUUUCUUGUUUUAGCCUCCCCGGGGUGGGGAUUGUAGAUAUCCUAGCCAGGGUUUUAUGUGGGCCCUGGGGCAAAAGCCUCAUGAUUGCCCUGCAAGCAUCUUACUGAGUCAUCUUCUCGACCUGCUUUCUCUUAUUUGUGUGUAUGGGCAUUUGCGCGUUUGCAUGUUCAUGUUUGUGUGUGCACACAUGUGUGUACCUGUGUGUGUGUGUGAACGUGUGUGUGUGUGUGUGUGUGUGAGCGUGCGUGUGUGUGCAUGCGUGUGUGUGCAUGCAUCUGUGUGGUGCCCAGAGUUGAUAUCAAUUGUCCUCUAUUGCUCCCCACUGUAUUUAUCAAUGAGGGUCUCGUGGUGGACCCAAGCUCACGGACUCUCCCUGGGCUAGCCACUUCUAAUAGGCGUCUGUUGGCUCUGCCUCCCAGUAGGCAGCCAUCAUGCCUUCUUGUCUAUAUAUGGACAUCUAAACGUGGGGCAUCACAUGCAUGAUAAGUGCUCCGUCCACCGAGCCAUCUCCUCUUUAUUUUAUUUUUUUUAAAUUAUUUAUUAAUUUAUUGAAGCAGAGUCUUAUGCAGGCCAGCCUGGCCCUGAUAGCUACCCAGCCUGACCUGUAUCUCACUGCUUGGCUGAGGUUGAAUCGAUUCACCUGCCUUCGAUUCCCAAGUUCAGGAUUGUAGGUGCACACUAUACAUGAGACAUGAGAUCGUCACACACGUUUGUUUACACUGUUUGUCUGAUUGUUUCUCUACAGUUGGGUUCAGAGUCAGAUUGUACAGUGUUGUCGAGAGAGAUCAUGCCUUCUCGGACUGCAGGGCACAGGUUAUCAGUGGCGCUGCUGUUGACAGACCUUUGCUUACAAAGCUGAGUGACAGCUCUCAGUAUUCCUACCGUGGAGUGACUAUUUUCUUUUUUUUGCCACUGUAAUUAAGUAGCGUGGGAGGAAUAUUUGAGUGUUAUUUACCCCUCUCCUCCCUUAAAACGCCAUAAGUAGCCACGGAGACUUGCCAAGCUCACGUAUCUGAGCUACGCUGCUGAAGGCUACACCGGGAAGUGCUCCCGCCUUUCUCCAGCAGUUGGCAUUGCACACACACCGAGCGCUCUCUUCCAGGAUGGACCAGGAUGCCUCAGCCUCUGUCGGCGGAUAUUACCCAUAUCGGGGCUGCUACUUUGAAUCAUCCCCCAAAUGCCAUUCUCCUAAAUUUGGACAGCGGCGGCUCCUGGACUCUCUUGUGUCUUUUUGACAUUUCCUGUUUUUCCCUUUGAAGUGUCUUCUCCAUUUCUGGCAUAAGACGACGAUGCAGGGUUGUUUUGUGUCUUCCUUGUUCCAGGCCUGGAACUGGAAGGAACUGUUUGUGUCCCUUAGCGAGGAGUGGCAUUUCAAAUCUGCAUUCCAGGUGUAUGGUUCUGCUUGUCCUUUGAGCAAACACCCUUCACGCAUGAGGUUACGUGUGUUUACCGGCGUGCGUGUGUGAGCAUGAAUGCACGCCCUGGAGACUUCAGGCAGGACGCCACAUAUGCACAAGCUUGAGCAGCCCGGGCCUGUUAUUUCGAGCUCAGCAUCCGAAGGCUUCGUCUCCCAUCUCAGUGAGGGCUCCAUCUUCUCAAAGAAAUGAUUGUGUUUACUCAUUUUGAAAUCAUAAAUAAACUUUCCUUCCUGGCGAAGUGAGUAUAUAUGUACUGCUGUGUUAAUCUUACUUUUCUUAUUUGUUGUUUGAAACAGGGUCUCACCCUGUUGCUUAGAUUGGCUUGGACUUCCAGUGUCGUCCAGGCUUUCCUAGAGCUCCUGUAGACACAGAGCACUGCUCUUGGCUUUUCUGUCUUUUUCUUUUUCUUUUUCUUUUUUUUUUUUCCGGGGCUGGGGACCGAACCCAGGACCUUGCGCUUCCUAGGUAAGUGCUCUACCACUGAGCCAAAUCCCCAACCCCUGUCUUUUUCUGUGCACAACUUGCAUGCUCUUUGGUGCUCAUGGAGAGGAGAAGAAGGCUUCCGAUCCGUGGAACUGGAGUUUCAGACUGGACUAUUGCCAGUCAUGUCGUAGGUGCUAGGAAUUGAACCUGGGUCCUUUGGAAGAGAAGCAAGUGCUCUUAACCACUGAUCCAUCUCUCUAGUCCCUUUACCGUGUGUGUGUGUGUGUGUGUGUGUGUGUGUGUGUGUGUGUGUGUGUGUGUUUAUAUAGUUGUAAUUAUGUUUAUUAUUAUUUUUUUUUUAAAGAUUUUAUUUUAUUGUAUAUGAGUACACUGUAGCUGCCUUCAGACACACCAGAAGAGGGCAUCAGAUCUCAUUACAGAUGGUUAUGAGCCACCAUGUGGUUGCUGGGAUUUGAACUCAGGACCUCAGGAAGAGCAGUCGGUGCUCUUAACCACUGAGCCAUCUCUCCAGCCCAUGUUUAUUAUUUUUUAAAGAUGAGAAUGUCUUAUAACCCAGGCUAGCCUGGAAGUCAUUCUGUAGUCAGGUGACCUUGAACUCUGAACUCUGAUACUCCCGACCUCCUGAUCUGGGAUUAAAGGUAUGCGCCAUCAUGCCUAACUUUUGUAAAGCUGGGGAUUGAACUUGGCCUCUGGCAACUGGACGGUCACUAUACCCAUAGAACUAUUACCAACCCUUGCGGUGGUGUUUACUUGAGAUUUAUGGUCUAUACUUCUUUUUUUUUUUUUUUCUUCCAGCUGGGGACCGAACCCAGGGCCUUGUGCUUUCUAGGCAAGCGCUCUACCACUGAGCUAAAUCCCCAACCAUGGUCUGUACUUCUUUGUUUGUUUGUUUGUUUUCUUUUUUGUUUGUUUGUUUGUUUGUUUGUUUUCUUUUUUCGGAGCUAGGGACCGAACCCAGGGCCUUGCGCUUGCUAGGCAAGUGCUCUACCACUGAGCUAAAUCCCCAACCCCCAUGGUCUGUACUUCUUAAAGCCAUCUUUGAUGGGUUUUUAGAAAUCACAGUUACACUGUCUUAUAUAGAGCAUUGGUUCUCACCCUUCCUAAUGCUGCAACUCUUUAUGUUGUGGUGACCCCAAUCAUAAAACUUUCAUUGCUACCUCAAAACUAAUUUUGCUGCUGUUAUGACUUUGUAAUGUAAAUAUUCAACAUGUAGGAUAUCUGUUUCGUGACCCCGGGGUCACGACAUAGAUUGAGACCCAUGCAUACAGAGCCUUGACUAUAGAGAACAGCUCUUGGGAGGGUGAUGUGGGACGAUCAAGGCCCGCUGGGCUGCAGAGUAAGUUCCAAGUCAUUCCAGGGUAAAGAGCCUCUCACCAUAACCCUCUGAGACCGCCUUCAAAACAAAUAAAAAGGAAUUGAGAAAGAUACUAUCUUGUUUCCUGAGAAAUUUGAUGAGAUUACUGUUACUAUUUUUGUUUGUUUGAUAUGGUUGUGUUGGGAACAGUCACUAGGAGGCCAUUUUGGCUGUGUUUGCAUUGCCUUCUCCUCCCUGCCCCCACCCGCUCUCUUUUCAAUGCUGAAGAUUAAAUCCAGGGUUGCAUGCUUGCAAGGGGGUGGGGGGACAACAUGACAUGACACAACACGACUCUUUGUCAGCAUCCCCUGCCCCCCUAGGUUUGUUCUUCCUGUGUCAGUUUUAGUCUUGAGUGUUUUAGAGAAUUUGUUUCAUGGCUGUUGUGGCAUUCGCUGAGGGGAACCUCAUGUCUCUUCUCUGCCUCCAAAUGUUCACUUAUUCCUAAUAAUGAUCUUUUAUCUUCUUUUUCCUUGAUCUGUUUAGUAAGAUGCUUGCCCAUUUUCUAGGUCAGUCCCUUUUGAUUUGAUUAAUUAUUGUCUGUCCAUCUUUGACAGAUUAUCUAUUGAGACAUGCUCUCACUGUGUCCUUCAGGCUGGCCUUUAACUCUUGACCCUGCCCCCUCACCUCUGCAGUUCAGAGAUUACCAUGCCCAGCAUCCAGUUUUUAUUGAACUGGCUUCUUGUUCAUAUGCGCGUGUUUAAAGUUAAUAUGUCUUUCUCAGACAUAAGUGUGGUUCCUUUUCCUGAAUGAUAGAAAUACUUAGUGUCUUCUUCUUACAUUAUUUAUUUGAUGAUGGGAGGGGAUAGAUAGGCAGGGUGCCCUUGUGGAAGGCAACAGAUGGUUUACAGGGAUUGAACUCAGGUCCCUAGGUUUAGCAGAAGUCAUCCCUUACCCACUGAGCGGCCGCCAUUAGACAUAUUGAAAGCCACACAUUCCACGGUGAGCUGCACUGUGCAAACUGUUUUCGUUUAGCACGUGGAGCGCUUUCUCGUUUCUCCUGUGGUUUUGAUCCACAUGUAAUUACAGUGGCAUCGGUUGCUCUCCUAUUAUUCAGUAUUCCCCCACGUCCUUGCUGCUACUCCUGUGGUUUUGGGGCAUCCUCUGCAGGAUCCCAGUCCUCGUAGGUUUGGGGCUUCGUGAACAGUGUUUAUUCUUGAAGGGCUUGUGUGUUCUGCUGGACGGUUUUCCCUGAUGGUCCUGAAGUGUGCAGGGCUCUCUCCCUCAGCUGAGACUGGAGUGACAAGGGACAGGCUGGACACAGGGUCUCUGCGCUGUAUGUAAACUGGCCGAUUCUCUACUGUUAGGCUUUGGUGUGUCAUGGCAGUGCCUUCUCCACCAAUACCAGAAAAUCUCUGUGAGCUUGUCUGUAGUUCUACUCCAUUUUUGCUCCUUGUAUCUUGAAGCUAUGUUAUUAUAAGCUCUGUUACACGUCUGUAAUUGUGUAUCCUAAUCAUCUAACCUCGUCAUUAUGAAGUGUCUUUCUUAAAUACUAAAGUUUCCUUCCUUGGGGCUGGAGAGUUUGCUCCGUGGUUAGGAUGGCUCCCUCAGCAUCCACGUCAGUUGGCUCACAGCCACUGUAACUCCAGCUCCAAAGGAUCUGAUGCCCUUUUCCGGUCUUUUCAGGGACUCCCCCUUCCCCGACCUACACACACUGAAGAAGAUCGAAAUCAAGAUCCUUCUCUUCGUCACGCAAGGUGGCAGAUGCCUCUAACCCCAGCACUCAGAGAAGCAGAGGCAGGCAGAUCUGUGGGAGUUCAAGCCCAACGUGGUCUAUGCAGCAAGUUCCAGGACAGCCAGGGCUACACAGAGAAACCUUAAAACACACACACACACACACACACACACACACACACACACACACACACAAACUCCUCGUCCCGGAGCUUGCCAUGGGAUGUGCUGUAGUCUCUUCCUUACGCUGGAGUGUGCGGGUACUGUCUCCCCCCAUCCCUCCCUUCCUACAGAAAGGCUGAACCCAGGGCCUCAACAGUGCAGAACAGGGCGGGCAAGCAUGUGCCCAUGUCUCCAACCCGUGUCUUUAUGUUUGAAGUGUCUGGGGGUAUGCACUUUCCCAUGUAUUAAAAUUCCAGUUGUCUUUGGCUGUGGAUUAAAAAAAUUCUUAAAUAUAUUUUAGAAUAUCUUAGUCUCAUUUUUAAACACUUCCGUUAUUUUUAAAUAUAUUUAUAAUGAGAAUCCUUAGUAGAAUGUACAGUUCUUUUGGUAUAUGUUUGUUUUUUGUGACAUGGUUUUAUUUCUAAUAAUAAAAGGAGUAGUGUUAGCCUGUACAUGGCGACCCAUCAGAGAAAGAUGUAAAAGCCAUGGAGGAGCUGAGAGUGGUGGUGCACGACUUUAAUCCCGUGACUUAGGGGGCAGAGGCAGGUAGGUAGGUCUGUUGCAUUCUGGGCCAGCCAGGAGACCCUGUCUCAAAAAGCAAACAAAACCAAAACCCCUAGUACUAUGUUCAUAAUAACUAGAAGGAAAAGCAUGAAAAAAGAAUUUCCAAAUUAUAUAGAAUACUCUUUACAUCAAUUUGGUGGGGUCUUUUUCUUGUUUUCCUUUUGAGACUGGAAGGGUCUUACUCUGCAGCUUUCUGGCCUGGAGCUUGCCCUGCCAGGCUGGCCUUGAACUUGAAAGUGUGCCUGCCUCUGUCUGAGACGAGUAGGAUCAAAGGCGAGCAACACCACACCUGGCUGCCUCUCACAGACGUUUUAACAGGUUGUAGCAGUGAUCUUCUGAGCGCCUGCUGGCACGUCGGUCUUCUACCAGUGAUUAUUGUGGUAAAAGUCUGAGCGUCAGACAUAACAGUCUGAACAUGCAGUCCCAUCAGCUGCAUGCUGUGAAGGGCACUCCGUGUUAGUGGACUGUUUUUGUGUGUGUGUGUCCACGAGUCUGCAUGAGUUUCUUUACACCGCCGGUGCAGAUGGCUGUGGAAGGCAGAAGAGGGUGUCAGGUCACCUAGAGCUGGAGUUGCAGUGCUGAGAGCUGAACAGGACAGCAGGCUCUCCAUGCUUGAGCUCCUGCCCAAGUCUGAGAUCCUGGGAUGUCUUCAUCUCUGAGAACUCCAUAUCCUCUGAGUACUUCCCUGUCCUUGUCUCUAGCCUCUGCCAGCCGCCAUUCUGCCUUCUAAGAGCUGGGUCACUUCAGACGCCGAAUCAGGAAGUGCUGGCUUGUUCCCGGUGUGGUCGGAGGCUUUCAGUACAUCAGCUUCAGCUCCCUAAUGGCUUUGAAACAGGCCUUGGGUGCUACUUAGUUUCGGUGGGGCUGACUUGCCAGAGGAUUGUUCACAGUUGUUUUACUUUGCCUUGAAUGCCCCUGCCUCAGAGCCGGACACUCACUGCCCCUUCUGUAGGUCUACUGGAUUAUAACUGGUCUGGAACUCAGAGCUGGGGUUAAAGGCUUUUGCCAGCAUGCCUGGCCCUAUCCCUUGUGAUGGUGGUGGUGGAGGUGAUUGAUGGUGGUGAUGAUGGUGGUGGUGGUGAUGAUGAUGGUAUUUAGAAACCCCUUUGUAGCCCUGGCUGUCCUGGAACUCACUCUGUAGACCAGGCUGGCCUAGAACUCAGAGAUCCGACUGCUCCCUCCUCCAGAGCGCUGGGAUUAAAGGCAUGUGCUGCCCUAUCCUAGCUUUCCUUUUGUUCUGAGACAGGGUCUUGCUGUUGCUCUGGCUGGCCUUGAACCAGUGAUGGUCCUUCCUCAGCCUUCCUUGGUACCACAGCCCUUGCUGUUGGCAUCUCUUAAGGUCCAUUUGCUGUUUUCUUCUGUGAUAACUUUGUCAACUUGUCUCCCAAGUCAUCUCCAUCCUACAUGCUUUGGUUUUGGGGUUUUGUUUUCUGUUUGUUGUUUUUGUUUUCUUUUUGGUUCUGGAAUGUUCUUGGGUUCUCUCAGCCUCUGCACUUUCCUCUGAUUUCUGAGGCAUACAUGGGAUUUUUGUUGAACAUGCUUGCUUCCUAAUUAUGACCACGUGACCGUCUUACGUCAGCCUCUGUUGAUUCUGCACUCUUCCUGUUCUCUGGUAUGCUCGUAGCUCGCUGCUGAACACAGGACAUCCUGCUUACAGCAGGCUGGAGAGCAGAGUGGAUGGCUUUGCUCCCCCUCUGAAGGACCUGUCUCCUUCACUGCCCGUGCCUUAUUCAAGAGCUGUGUGUGGAGCUCCCUGCUUGGGAUUCGGCUUUGGUCUUAGAUGCUCUAAUUCAGCUGGAUCUUGGCUUCAUUCACUCGGGUUCAGUUUUCUCAGAAAACUUAGUUAUUUCGUAGGACCCAGGGGUCUGUUCCUGUGGGCUUGUGGUCUCUCUGAUUCAGUCAGCAGCUUCUCCACACAGUUGGCCGGCAGUUGCAUGAUCCCUGCCUGCAUACUCCAGCACCCAGAUGGUACAGUUCUGAAACAGCUGCAGCCACCGCCUCGGGGCCCAAGAGAGCUGGAAUUUUAUACCAUGGUUUACGCUGCUGACUGUGCCGAUGCUGUUCUCCUGGAGCUGCGGAAACACCUGCCCAAGUACUAUGGCGUCUGGUCCCCUCCCAGCGCACCCAACGCAGAUGUGUACCUAAAACUGGAAGAUGUGACUCAUAAGUUUAACAAGCCCUGUAUAAUGGACGUGAAGAUUGGGCGGAAGAGCUACGACCCCUUUGCCUCGGCAGAGAAGAUUCAGCAGCAGGUCAGCAAGUACCCUCUGAUGGAGGAGAUCGGGUUCCUGGUGCUCGGCAUGAGGGUUUAUCAUCUUCACUCUGACAGCUACGAGACACAAAACCAGCACUAUGGAAGAGGCCUGACGAAAGAGACUCUGAAGGAGGGUGUCUCCAAGUUUUUCCACAACGGCUUCUGUUUAAGGAAAGACGCGGUGGCAGCCAGUAUUCAGAAGGUCGAGAAGAUUCUCCAGUGGUUUGAAAAUCAGAAGCAGCUUAACUUUUAUGCAAGCUCUUUACUGUUUGUUUAUGAAGGUUCAUCUCAGCCAGCUACCACAAAAUCAAACGAUAGAACUUUGGCGGGGAGGUUUCUCUCCAAAGGAGCCCUGUCGGACGCGGAUGUACUAGAGUGCAAUAACAACUUCCACCUGUUCAGCUCCCCGGCCAACGGCACGUCAGUGGGCAAAAGCUUAUCUAAGGCGUACUCGAGGCACAGAAAGCUGUAUGCAAAAAAGCACCAGAGUCAGACUUCCCUCAAAGUUGAAACUCUGGAGCAAGACAACGGGUGGAAAAGCAUGUCCCAGGAACACUUAAACGGAAACGUGCUUUCCCAACUGGAAAAGGUGUUCUACCACCUUCCGGCGGGCCGGCAGGAGAUCGCGGAAGCGGAAGUGCGGAUGAUAGACUUUGCUCACGUGUUCCCUAGCAACACAGUAGAUGAGGGGUAUGUUUACGGUCUGAAGCAUCUAAUUGCCGUGCUUCGGAGUAUCUUGGACAGUUGAGUCUUGCUGCAGUCUGUGAAGGAGCGGGCCAAUCACCACGGAGAGCUAGCUGCAGGCGUUAGCCGUGCACCUUGUACUGCUCUGUAAAAAUUUGUAUUGUGAGUCAGUGUUUUAUUUGUCUUUAUACUUUUGGUAGAUGGUUAACUUUUUUAUAUUCUUACUCAGGAAUACUAAUUUGUUCAUUAGAAAACUAUGAAGAAUAAAGAAACAGGAAUGUCGUGCAGGGAAUGUGUGGGACACGGAGCAAACAGCUGUAACACUUGCAAAUCAUUACGCAGUCAUCUAGAGGUCAUGUAGCUUUCUGUAGCCAGUCACCAUGAAAUCUCUGUCCUCCCAACCUUGCCGGUGAGCUGACUCUAAACUAUGACCUUAUCGGGCCGUCCUAAGAUCUAGAAAGCGUCCCUAAAACUGGAGACCAUUUUACACAGAAAGGCUCUGUGGGUUCUAUAUUAAAGGCAGAGCGCGCAGUGUAUGAAAGAAAGGUGCUUAAGUGGGUGCGCUCCACCAGCAGGGCUCCCCCAGCCCCUUCAGUGCUCAGUGCCGAGCAUCAUGGGAAGGGGAGUGGGUCAGAUGGCCGGCAACAGUCUUGGAAUUAACAGCACAAAUUUUCCUCCCUAGGGUCAAGAGAAGAGAGAUUAUUUGUAAAAAAAAAACACAUUACCUUUUCUUUCUUUUGUUUUAAAGAAUUUCAUUUAUGGAAAAUUCUCCAUUUACUGUGUUGUAAAAGCUGUCAUGAAGCAUAAUACUUAUCACCAGUCUGAGGCAUCGGAGGUGGAUGGUGGAGACUUUAUUUUUUCUUUAAUUUUUGAGAGUCUUUUCCAUUUAAAAAAAAUCCUUUCUUUUUUUUUCUUUCUUUCUUUCUUUUUUUUUUUUUAACUUUGUAAGCAUUAGCAUAAACAUUUCUCAGAAUUUGGUUAAGCAUCAACGGAACGCUGUGCCCAGUGCACCAGAGGAAUCCUGCUUAGGGUUCAGUUCCGUGGAGUCUAACAGAGAGAUCCUAGUUAAUUUCUCUCCGAGCAACGGAGCGCAACUUUUCCUUGAAAAAAAAAAUAGAUUUCUAAGUGUCAUGUUUAUUUUACCACUACUGCCUUUUUCAAAGUGACUGUUUCUGGUUAAAGUAUUUUCCGACCUGAAAUUAAAUUUGCAAAUGCUCGCUCUUGCUGUCGAGCUGCGCUUGGUUGCACUUGACCCGCCGAUGUGAUAAGUAAAACUGAACGGCCUGUUCUUUCUGGACUAUAGCUUUGGGUUAUGGCCUGACCUUUUUUCUCCCUUUAACCUCUUUUUUUCUUGAUAAUUACAAGUCAAACUGCUCAAUCCAAGGGCCAUUUUCUGUAACGUGGAAGGACUUUUUCAGGCCAAACGCCUGAAAGUUUGCAAACGCCCACGCUCAAACGGGAGCCCAAAAGGAAUGGGUCUUUAACCGGAGUAGGUCUGGGUAAGGUGCCUUCUGGGGGGUUUUCUCCAGGAGGCUGCAGGCGUUCUCGGCAAGAACUUCACAUUCUCUGCCUAGGUGUGAACUGACUAUAGCUCAUUUCUUCUCUCUCCCAUUUUGUGGGAGUGAGUUUCAAGUGAUAAUUACUAGAAACCUUUCAGUUUUACCUUUUUUUCUUACAAUAUUGACUUGUUACCUGGGUGUGAUUCAGGAACUCUCAGGCUCAUCUGGUGAACACUAUUUUGAAUCUUAAGAGGCAGUUUGAGAUGGUAUCAACUUAUAUACAAGGAAUUCGGAAACUCGAGCUCUGGGCACACCAGCUCAGGAAAGUCUUUGCUCUACCGCUGUUUUAAACAUUUCAGAAGCCAGCAUCCUGCCCCUCCGACCACUAGGUUUUGUCUGAAUAAAACAGGAAGUGAUUCUUAUCCCUGGUUCUCAGGGAAGGGAUUAGCAUUCAGUUCUUCUUGUUUACAUUUUACUAACUGCUGCCCUCUUUGUGUUACUUUGUGCUCUUUGUUGACAUGAUCAACUCGUUUGUGAUGUAAGCAACCUGUGGCAGGCGUUCAGGUCUGCCCUGUCUUUAAAUGAUACUGAGAUUUGCCACUUGGGUGAAGAGGCAUGUGUCACUAGCCAAGCAGAUGUGAACACACAGAUAUUUAAGAAAUAAGCAAAUGAGGCGGUUUGAAGUGGUAAUGCUAGCCGCCACUCCUCCCCCCAACAUGAUUUUAGUGUGUUCCUUAUGGGAUGCAGUCAUGGAAAGAACUUUUAAAGAAAUUGUGGGUGUGAAUACGUUUCUCAAAUAAAAGUUUAAAUUGUAAAAUAGUUUUAUAAUAAAGUAUUUACAUUAAUUAUUUUAAUAUGGAUGGAAGUUGCAUAAAUUAUAAUUGUGAAAUAUUUAAAUAGUCUUUCAAGAGAGUUUUGAAAAAUGUAUGUAAGUGGCUUUGAUGGCCGUGGUGUUAAAUUAGUAUGGGGUGCUUUGUUUUGCGUGUUUGGAGGGGGCCUGGGCACUCUGCCUGUCCACACUACAUACAGAUGGCUACUGUGGUCCUGCGGGCUGCUUGGCUGAGUGAGAACGGAUUCCUAAAUGCCGACAUCCUGCAAUCCAGUUGUCUGAUCUCCACAGCGAUACCCCUGCUGUCAGGCCUAUGAACUAUCGAAUUUAUAACAUUUGGGGGAAAAUGAAUUUCUAUAAUUUCCGUUGCAAUCUUUUUGUUGACCUUAGAAUGUGGAAUGUGUAGGCUGGAGGAAGGGCUGAACUGUGAACUGACCGCCUCUGACUGUUAACACCGCUCCUCCCCCUUGAGGUCUGAUGCUUCGUUGAAACAGCCCUUUACACAGCUGUCCUUCUCGCCCAGACCCUUCCCCGUGGUUUUUGUGUAUUCGUAGCUUCCGUUGCCCUUUGUCCUGCCCCCUAAAAUGGUUCAAUACCCAGAAACAUCAAGCCUGUUUUAAGAAUGGUCUGUUUGGCUAUGCUCAGGGUGGCGUCUAGGGGCCUGGCCCCUCAGUUCUCUCAGACUCGAGCCUGCAUCUCAUCAAACAUUUCCAGCCACUCUACCCGACCUGGGCAGUUGUGAACCAAUCAGGACUGACCAUUUCCAGCAUCCUGUCUAGGUGGAGAGGUCCUUAGGGCCAUCUUUAAAACACACACACACACACACACACACACACACACACACACACACACACACACACACACACACACGAACACCUGUAUUUGAAGCUGUUAAAGCUAGUGUUCGGGUGGGGAUUAAACGCUAAGGGUUGAGCUAUGGCCAAGGCAGGUAAUUUGGGGGCUGAGAUCAAGAGAACGUGAGCUGAGGUUAGAGGCUUAGAACCGUUGCCUCCAGUAGACUCUCGAACUGGGUGGCAGUUACAGACAGCAUGAAAUGGCCUUAAAAAGAACGCUCUUAAGACAUGCUCCUAAAGGUACGUUCGUUCAGCCUUCAUUUUCAGAAUAAUAAGCAGCACAAGGUGACUGGCUGCUCCUCCCUGGGGCAGACAUUUAUAGACCUCAAGUUUUCAAACCACUGGGCUUUUGGGUCUGUCAGCGGACGAGAAGGUAUUUCUUGACUUCAGAACAAUUCUAUUAUCGCAUCCAGAACCGAUACCUUGAGGAGGACUCAAGUAUCUUUGCUGUCAAUAUUGUUGUGUCUUCCCACUUGUUUUGAUAGCUUCUAUUAAAAGCCACCAUGACUCGUGCCAAUAAAUCAAGAGAGUCAAGUUAAAAACAAACAAAAAAAAAAAACCCAAAAAUGUGUGGUUAAACUUUGGCCUGGUGUCCACUUAAAAGCUUAAAAGUUUAGGGUGAAGUUUCCAGGCCCCUGUGGAUAGGGAGAAGGCGUUCACAGACACUUUGCUCUGGGCUCUGGUGGAAGAUGGGAAAUUGCACCCAAGUUGUGUUCGAGGUGACAUCCAGGUGGCAGUGCCAGCCCCCCUUACUUGAUGAAUGAAUGUAAUGCUGUCCUUCGGUGUAAAUGUCUCUAGCUUUCUUUUCUCAGUGUUUGUAAUUUGUACUAUUGAUGGGAUAUUCUUGGAGUGCAAGGUUCAUCACUGUGUUUCUAGAAUCAUCUAAUGUGAUAUACCGAUUUUUAUAAGCGAUAUUUAGAUAAUUCUAAUAACUGUACAUUCAACAACUUAUUAAAAUGUUUUGCAUUGGA